AACAAGAGAACUACAUGCGCAGAGAUGCCCACCCUUUCUCUUCACCACCUCCUCUCCAUUUUGCCUUCUUGUCAUCACCAUCUCCUCAUGCUGAGGUAGUACUUGAUCAUCUCAAUAUCCCAGCUGCAGCGACGAACGGCGAAGCCACGAUGGUCAAGAAGCUGAACCACAAUGCCUGUGAGCGCGACCGGCGGAAGAAAAUCAACAGUUUGUACUCUGCACUCCGUUCGCUGCUUCCAUCCGCUGAUCAAACGGAAAAGUUGAGCAUUCCAGCGACAGUGUCUCAAGUGCUGAAAUACAUACCAGAACUGCAACAGCAAGUGCAGAUACUCGCUCGAGAGAGGGAAGAACUUCUAUCAAGAAUUAAUGCCACCCAAGGAAUAGAUGACUGCACUCACCAAGAAAUCAGCAAAGGAAAAGGUGCGCUUUCCAAUCCGAUGCCAUCUAUUUCGACAAAUUGUUUAAGUGAGAGCGAGGUUGCAAUCCAAAUAUGCACAACAAAGGUCAUGACUCAGAAUACUGUCGACUUCUCUGAGAUCUUGCUUAACCUGGAUCAUCAUGGCUUUCCUCUGAUAAACGCUUCCACAUUCGAGUCAUUUGGAGGAACAAGAACAACCUUCUACAAUCUACACGUUCAGGUUGAGAGAAGUCGGGGGAUGGAGUGUGAGGCUUUGAAGGAGAAACUGUUGGCGUUAUAUGAUCAGAAGGGAAGGGAAGUAAAAUUCCUGAUACAACAUUAGAAUCAGAUCAUAAUGUAAUAUA